UCCUCCUCCUCCCCUUCCUCUUCAUCCCGCGUCGCUCCGCUACACCCGCGUUAAUCCUCCUCCUCCCCUAGAGAACUCGGACUACCUCCCACCACCGUACACUCCGUACACUCCGUACUUCGAUUCCGCUUACCGUACGUACACGAAACGCUGUAUUCAUGCGUCUCCAAUAUCUGCAUACCUGAUGCAUUUGUGUGAUUUAUUUAUAUGCAUUUAUGUUCCACAUGUAUUCAUGUGCGAAGUACUCUCUUGUACGAGUUGUGCUAUGCAUGACGUUUGCUCGCGGAACUCUCUCGCGCGUACAAACGAGCGACGCUCUCUUUUACACGCUCUUUUAUUAUAAGCUCCGCGGAACACGACGUCUGGUAUCGCUAUUCGCGAUAUCGAACGCAACGAAGAAAUCCUCGAAAGUCCUCGAAAACUAGCCGAAAUUAAUGUACCGAAAAUCCCGAAAACACGAGACCACAAUCUUCUCGAAUUAUCAGAUCUCAUUUCGCUGCUGUGAUGAUAAUGGCGAUACUAAUGCAUCGAAACCCCAAUGAUGAUGAUGAUGAUGAUGAUGCGAUCUAUCGGUGCGAGUACCCACUCAGAUACUUUCCAGAUCCAAAAGAUUGCUUGUAUACCUAUAGGUGCGUGGGCGCAUACCUUGGCUCACGAGGGGAUCCGAAAGCUCGAUGAAUAAUUCUUCGGGAGUAAGAUUGCACCCAUCGCUCCUCGUUUAGGGGGCGAUGUGUGAACCGGAUGGAAAAAAGAAAUUCUGCGUGUUGUCAGACGUUCGCGAGACGAGAAAACCAACCCUUGAUGAAAACCCGAUUAUACGCAAACGUAUUAUAGACCGAGAAACAAAAAUCUACAACGAAAACUCGAACGUGUCUCGAAUGUUAGAACCCUACCUCGAAUCGCGAUUGCUACUGUAAUUACGGAUUGACAAGACGCGGUGAAUGUUGAAAAAAAUGACGUACGUACUUCUUCGGAAGAGAUACCUCUGAUGCGGCGGCUGUCGAUGGGAUCCUGAAUCGGAAUAUAGAUAAAAUAACGUUAACGACGAAAAAUAUUUGAGUUGCAUUAACGCCCUGCAGCGUGUAUUUAAGUCACACGUAUAUAUGAGACAAGGAAGUGCAUUAGCCGGUGAAGUAAUUUGCCUCGUCGUUCAGAUAAUUUUUAACGGUCGCCCGUACGUUUCCACUUGAGUAAUCAACAACGCAGUUUAUAACAGCGCCGGUAUUAUAGUAAAAUUGUAAAAGCAACAGCUCGGCGUACGAACGCGGUAAUUUUACUCGAUUUCAUGUGGUUUUUUCCCCCUUCGACGAAAAAUGAACGUGGCUAAUUGACGCGUUGUGCGGGACGACGUACGAGUGGAACUCGUCGAAAACGAUCGUUCGUUCGUUAUUCGUAAGCCGCCGCCGCCGUAUGCGUGCAAAAGACGCGACGCGAGACUACGCGUAACGACGAAUCACGCCCACCGAUAUUUUCCACGGAUUUGUGGCGCUUAAUCCACCGCGAAAUUGGAGUCAGCGUUAACAGGUGUCCAGUUCAUCCUUGAUCCUGGAACAGGGCCGAAUUUCCCACCUGAUUAAUUUAUUACAACCUCGCUCGCCGCGGUGCUACCGAAUUUAUACCGCCGUUACAAACGCGCGUACCCCAACGAUCGUCGGACGUCUCUGUCUCUCUAAUUAGUAAUUAUUAAUAGUUAAUGCGGACGCGACGAGCUAGUUCAUAAUGUAAUAAUCUCGGGUCGCGCGGCAGGUAGCAGCAGGUAAUUAUUAACGCUAAUUCGCUCUUGUUUGUUCGGAUUUUUUCGAUAAAUCCCGUCGGUCGUUCCCACGCGCGCAACGGGCGCGGAUAAAGAUACGGUAGGUGAACGGCGCGGAUGUUGGGAUAUUGAUAAGCGCGAGGUGGGAAACAUUUUUUCUCUCGUUUUUCGACGCACGGAACUUUUCACCCCUUUUUUCGUACGGAAACGUGCGCGUGGCGAAUCGGGCUCGGGUUAUAUUGACGCGAUUGCGAAACGACACACGUGCGCCGCCGAUUAUUUCGAAAUUCCGGAUCGUCGCGACGCGACAUAGGUAGCGGAGUGAAAAAUCUCGAACGACGAAUCAUCGUCUCGCUCUGUCGGUGUUCGACGUGUUAAUUUCACGUAUGGCCCGCGCUAGACUCGUUGGCUAUUGUAAACAUGCAAUCCGUUUUUGUAGCGUGUAUUAUAUAUGUAUAUGGUACAUAAGGACAGUUAGCAACAGUGACGUACGAGAGGACCAGCUACGCAGGGAUUGGUCGCCAAUAGCUGCUAUCUUAUCUGCAAUGUCAACACGCUUGUCGCGAGGCUUAAACUCGUACUUUCAUAUAACAGCAUCGCCAGCAUCAGCUCUCGCUCUCUCGUACUUCACUAAACUUCAUUUCGAACGCUUUACUUUACGCGGUUGAGCUCGGGCGUCUGAAAUAAUCGCGAAUCGAUCGAAGAAGCGUACAGCGAUCCGGGAAAAGCUGAUCGUCUGCCCCUGUCGAGAAUACGUCUCUGUCGUCGAAUCGCGACGAUUCGUCAAUAGGCGAUUGAAAAUUGGCAAUUAUCGAGAAAAAAUCCUUUGGAUCGGAGUCGGUCGUAUCGCGAGGCACGGUCGAACCAGCGGUUUGCUCACUCGAUAUGCUCAUUACAACCGCAAACUAUGGCAACCACGAACUCCCCGGCGACCUGAAAACUGGUUAUAACUUAUAACUUGGCAACGUAUAGAUUCACGACACCACAAAGUCAGCUAGUACCACAGGCAACGGCAGCGACACCAGCAGCUUCGUGUAAUAGUACAAUUUACCGAAUAAACUCAACUUUGGUACGAUACAAGGGUACCCUUUCGGUAUCUGAUCUAUAGACACGGGUAUCUACAUCGGUCCUAAAUAAACGACUCCGCGCGGAGCUCGCCCGAAAAUAUUUGCCUUCGUUUUCCCAACGAGAUGAUUGGAGUCGGUGAAAAUUUUCUCUAUCCUCCGGACCCUCCGCGAUACAGACAUUGGAUUGCGGAGUUUGAAUCGAUCUCCGACUCUUCCUUCGACCGGAGAGAAAAAAAAAAAAAAAAAAAUUGUCAAGAAAAGUCGCGAUUAUCGCAUCGUCACGUCGAUCUCGUCGUUCUUAUCUCGGAACGAUGACGUCUGAGUAAACGUACGUCUGGUGUACGUGCGUACGAAUCGUCUUUCAAAAUAAAUUGUGUAAGUACAGAUUCCGUUCGUUCGACGGUACAGGGAAAAUCGAUCCGUCGUCGCUCAGCGUUCGCGAGACGAUAAAGGAGCUACUGCGAUAUCGACAUCUCUAGGUGAAACGUACUUUAUUUUUUUUUCAUCACCCUCUAGAUUCGGCGGAAAGUUUUAUCGUAAAAAAGUACAAAAGCUCUCCCGGUGAUGAGCUUAUCGGCGGUUUGCCGUCGAGAAAAAAAUCCCGAACACUCCGUAAAAGAGGAAGCUACGUUAUUACCAACUGCCGGAUGAUGCAAGAGCCAAGAAUUUCCGCUUCUCUUCGGCCACCGCGUAAAAGCUUUCGAGCUCGAAAGCUCGGACGGACCGUAACGGCGCAGAACGACGUAACCAGCUGUGGCGCUUUGGAAACGCACCGCGCGACGAACGAAUAUAUACGUAUGUACAUAUAUACAUACAUUUUCACCGAUCGUCGCCUGCUUAUUGCGCUUGUAAAACAGGAUGCAAAUGUAUAUAUAUGCAAUAUUUCGGCGCCUCGGCCGGCUCACGGUUGCAACCUGGUAUAAACAAUGGUAUCAUUACACACUUGUUACAUGUACGAUCGUAAUGAUCCGUGACGUCAAAUAUACUAAGCGGCAUCGCUGCGUGAAUCAGGCUGCUCAAAUUGUCGAGGAUAGAUUGAAUGAUAGCGACACGCUAAGUUGGCCGACAACCACUUCAACGUAAAUAAGAUGGUACCCAUUCAAUGCUGGUGUUACACAAGGUGGUACAUUUACAUACGCAAUUUUUAUAACGCCAUCGCCGUACGUGUCCGCGUCACAAUUUUUUUUUUUUCACGUGCCAACGCUGUUCAAAAAAAAAGAAAAAAAAAACAAAUCAAUCGCAUCUUUUCGUCGCUUCAAUUCCCAAUUCGAACUCGGAUACGAUUCGGCGAUUCGUAAUUCGGCUCGAUAUUAAUUUUUCUACUGUACCACGAUGUUCGUGCGAUCGGAAUUAAUUGGACUAUCGUCGUGACCUCUGCAAUAUUAAUUGGCGCGAAGCGAGUUCCGAGAGAGAAUACAUAUUAUCAAUGCCCUAAUUAAUAUCCUCGGUUCGAUUUGACAAAGGUAAAGACCGUUUAAUAAUACCGUUUGAUCGUUCGCAAAUAAUUGCAGUACCGCGUCAACGGAGGGGAAAAUAUCAGCGCCGAAAUUUUCAGCGGUGCGAAGUUCGCCUUCGCUUUGUAGGGCGCGCGUCAGGGUGGUUUCAGUGCGACGAAAGGGUGAAUCGAGAAAUGUGGCUACCGCCGGCGUUUCCACGGUCCGAUUUGAGGGCCCUGAAAUAUAUCCUCUACUUUCUGAGCUUCGCCGGGCUCUUCGCCUUGUCGCCGGAAGGGCGCACUUCAAAAAUUUACAACUUAUUUUACAACGGCUACUUUAUAUCGGUGAUGUCCUGCGUCGGACUGGUGACGGUACUCACGGCCUUCGAUUUAUACGAUCACCUGAACGACGUUGACGUACUCGCCGAUCACGGCGUCAUAUUCACCGCCCUCGUUCUGAUAAUGAUCAAGCAAAUUACCGUCGUACGGAACGGACGCAGAAUCGAAUACUGGGUAGGGGUUGUACAACGACGUUUUCGAGAAGGCGGUGAUCCGGAAAGAGCCCGCCUCGCGAAAAAUGACAAAGAGACUUUUUUCUACAUAAAAAUGUUCUCCUAUUUUUGGUUCCUCAUAACGGUUUCGUAUCUCUUGCCACUGUAUUUCGAAGAGCCGGACGAAUUUCACCUACCGACCGUUAGCUCGCGGUUAUUUGGGGUGGAUACCGUCGCCGAGUACGCGUUGGUUUAUACGUGGAAUACAGUCGCCCUGUCGUUAGCGGUAUUGGGGGUGUUCGCGAUCGACUUGUUCAUUGUAGGAAUGUACGUCGAAGCUGCCAGCAGAUUGGAAUCCAUCGGUGACGCGUUUGAGAAAAUUGCUGACUUGGAAAAUGAACAAUUUGGAAACGAAGAUACUCCCGAGCGUGUCGACGAUUUUUCGACGAGGACGACGAAUUUCUCAUCUAUUCGCCGACGCGUCGCAAAAUCCGUCGCCGAACACAACGAGAUCAUCAAGUUUGUCAUUUUAUUUUUUAAUCCCUGCAUCGCUGGUUCCCGCGACUAUUUUUCCGUGAUUCUCAGGUUCAUCGAGGAACUCAACGAUGUUUUUUACUGGACACUGCUGUUCCAAUCCGUGUUCGUUGGUGUAAUCGUCGCCGGUUGUGGAUUUUACGGGUUUGUCAGUUUUUUGCAUGGGAAUACAUCCAGCUUCUUCAGAUCGAUGAUGUACAUAUCAGGUGCGAUAUGCGAAACUUGGCUAUGCUGCACCUUUGGGGAUCGUAUAAAAUGCUCGAGCGCCAAUGUUGCCACAGCGAUGUGGAAUUCCCAUUGGUACACACUAGCCGUUGAAGACCAACGUUCUGUUUUGCUAAUUAUGCAAGCGUCCAAAAAUCCCCUCCACAUGGCGGCUGGAAAACUGUUUCGCAUGGAUCUAGAGAGGCUGGGAUUUGUACUCUCUUCCGCCUACUCUUAUUUCACGGUGUUGCGAAAUAUUUAUAAAUAAUUAUGCCCCGUGAAAUUAAUGAUCGUCAAGCUCGGAAUAUCAAAAUAUGAAGACAACUCGUACAGCAACGUUAAUCUGGUUGCAUAUCAGCUGGAAAAAAAUACGAACAGCAAAUUGCAAUUUCAACAGGCGCUCCUUUUUUUCGGAACAAAUACCCCCGAGUUGACAUUGCUAAUAGGACUCGGGGCCCUCCAUAAGACGAGAAAACUUCCGUAGGAAAGAUAAACUACGGGUAUAAACGCUUCAGUGCUCCGAGUGUGUUCUAAUUUUCUCGUUCACAAACUAGAAAGCUUCUGCCAAUACCGAAUCGCCCUAUUUUCUACCACCCAUGGACGUGCAGAUUAGUUUGCCAAUAUCCAACCCACCGAUUUUUCUCUUUUCUCUCUCCUUUUAUCCUUGUUAUUCUCGUUCUCCAGUUUUUCCCUUUCCUCCGCCUAUAUUUUUUUCUUCACCGGGUAUAAGUAUGAAAAUGCUCCGAUACCUACCGCUGACAUUUAUCUAACGCAUAUCCAAUUUCACUGCGAGAUUUUCUAUAUACGUAUGAAAAAAUGAUCGAUUACUGCUAGUGGUAUAU